AUGGGUGACCGACGAUAUCGACGUCGGCAGACGAGCUGGUAUCCUUCUGUGAUCAUUUCAGCCGGAAUUCUCUUCAUAGUGUUUGCCGUCGUAAGAAUACACUUCGCUUCAGAGUCUAUCAGCGGUCGUCCUAGCAUUCGUUCCGGCUUGUUUUCCGGCAAUCGGUGUCCAACAACACCUCCCAGUCCACCUCUUCGCCUCGUACACACAAAUGGAACGUUUAGCUGGGGAGACGUCGCACCCAAGCACCCAGUCUCCAACUACACUAAGCUACCUACAGAAAAGCCGCUGGAGCUGUCUACCAUCCAACACAGGUUCCGUAGGCUCUCUGCAAAGGCCAGGGCAAAGCGAAACCUGCGCAGAGACGCUGUCAAAGCGACAUUCGUCAAAUGUUGGAGAUCGUACAAAAAGUAUGCUUGGGGCCAUGAUGAGCUCUCGCCCAUCAGCGGUGAAUAUAAGGAUACAUACGGCGGCUGGGGUGCAACCCUCGUGGACAACUUGGACACCUUGCUGAUCAUGGACCUGCAUGAAGAAUUUGAAUAUGCUGUCGAGGCAGCCGCAAACGUUAGUUUCGCGCCAGAAGCCUUUGUCGGCCUGGAAGUGAAUAUCUUCGAGACCAUCAUUCGCUAUCUGGGUGGGUUGCUGUCCGCCUAUGAUCUCGCCGGAUGUGGGGACCAAAGGCUGCUUGCAAAGGCCGUCGAGGUUGCCGACAUGGCAUACGCAGCUUUCGAUACCGAAAAUCGCAUGCCGUUGGGGCGAUGGCGGAUCCAUGACUUCGCGCAGGACUUGCAUCAGGCAUCGCGUUUUGGGAGCCUUGCCGAGAUGGCAAGCUUCAGCCUGGAGUUCAGCAGGCUUAGCAUGCUGACAGGCGACAUGAAGUACUUCGACGCCGCCGAGCGGGUUACCAAGGUCCUUGCCGAGCAGCAAAACAGCACCUUGUUGCCCGGUAUGUUCCCUGAAAACGCAGACCUGCAGACCCCAGACCUCACUACGGGGACGGUGUUCACACUCGGCGCCAAUGCAGACUCCGCGUUUGAGUACUUUGCCAAAAUGUACCAGCUUCUUGGAGGUCGCGGACCUAUGUACAGGAAGCUAUAUGAGUAUUCCAUGGACGUCGCUAUCGACAAGCUUAUUUUCAAGCCCAGGACACACGACGGUGCAGAUAUUCUCAUUGCGGGCGACUGGCACGCACCGUACAACGGCUUUGGCUUGGCGCAUUUAGAGCCACGCGGCCAACAUCUGACGUCCUUUGCGGCCGGCAUGCUCAUGCUUGGAGGCCGUCUCUUCGACAACCAGACGCACGUGGAUGUUGGUCGCAAACUCGCGGACGGCUGCGCGUGGGUGUACCAACAUAUGCCCUCCGGUAUCAUGGCCGAAACGUGGAGCAUGACACCGUGUCCCUCUAAGAACGGGACGUGCACCUACGACCCGCUCAAAGCGGUGUUUACGAGCUUCAGAGACACCCGCUACCUGCUGCGUCCUGAGGCUAUCGAGGCCAUCUUCUACGCAUACAGGAUCACAGGCGACGAACGCUAUCAGGACAUCGCGUGGACCAUGUUCAACAACAUCAACAACAAGACGAGCACCGAGCUGGCUAACGCAGAGCUUCAGGACGUGACAAAGGAACAGCCCGACCAGGUGGACAACAUGCAGAGCUUCUGGAUGGCGGAGACCCUGAAGUAUUUCUAUCUCAUGUUCAGCGAGCCAGAUUUCAUCAGUCUGGACGAGUGGGUUUUCAACACCGAGGCGCACCCGCUAAGAGUGCCCCAGAGCUGGAGGAAGAAAGUCAGCCAGAUUGUCGAGAUCGAUGUGGAUCUAGAUCUCUGAGUAUGAUUUCAAAGCUCUCGCCGAAGAAGCACAGCAAUCACCAAAUUGACGUUACAUCUUCAGUGUUCAAGAACUCCAUAGCUUGUUUGAGAUUGCUGUACUCACGUUGUGCGCGAACUUGCAGUCACGGUCGCGCCUUGAUCUCAUCAAUGUUCAUACCACGACCCUGGAAGACUCGUGCUCACCAUCCUAACUUUUAUGGGAAAGUUUGAGCCGUACCCGGGGCGCUUAACUCACUCCGAGAACCGGGAAUUGAAGCGUCAAGGGCAGCAUGGUGAGCGACAAGAAUGACUACGUGAGAACCAACGUAGAAGUGGUCGUAGUCCAAAACGCACUCGAACGCUUUAGGUUGGCGAUUGUUCUCUGUGCUGCGGAUGUGUCGCAUGUGGUUGGCCACGAAUCCACUGGAACCAGGCGCUUCAUCGACAUGAAAUGUUGCAUACUUGCUCAUGGACUCUAUAUGCCUGCAUACGCUCAUGAAAAUUGCUGAUCGCGGGCAACAUUCAAAUACCCCGGCAAAGUCAAUAGUGGACGCAAUUUGGUCUGCCUCGUGCCGGCCCAAAAGGCUCCCAUCACUUCAUUGAAAGACACUCUGCAAGAUAUGAAAGCCUCGUCUGCUGAGGAGAGUGAACGCCAUACAUACUUCGCCUCACUUCUACUUCGAUGACAGGUAGUGGGGCGAAUGGACAACAAACGUGCCCAUCUCCAUCAGACGCGAGACAACUCAAUUAACCGCAUGCGUUUAAACGGCAGCGGAGUAAGAACGACUCAGAAGGCGAAAAAAAAAAUGAGACGGCUGCGAUUCACUACGGUCGCUCAGCUGGAGCCUGUUGGCUCGCCUGCAUGAGUAAUGUCGGCUAGUAUCUGAUUUGGGAAAGUAAAGGGCAAACAUGCGCUACACAUUGUCCACCAAAGUGUUGGAAGCAGGAUAUGAAGUGAUCAAGA